AUGAGGAUUUGCAUUGUUUGGUAACAGCCGAGUCUGAAGAUAAAGUUGCCAAGGCUGUAAAAAUGAUCAAUAAGAUUAUAGAGACGUCUGCCUCUGUACCUGAAGGACAAAACGAAUUGAAGCGACAACAGCUUCGCGAGCUGGCCGCCUUGAACGGGACACUCCGCGAUGAUGAAAAUCAAAUUUGUACCAAUUGUGGUGCAACCGGACACCGUAAAUACGAGUGCAGUGAAUCACAAAACUUUACCAUUAAUCUUACAUGUCGCAUUUGCGAUGGACAUGGGCAUACAGCGAGAGAUUGUAUGGAAAGGAAUAACCCGGAAGCGUUGCAACAAGCCAAGCAGAGAGAUCAGAGAUUAGACAGCGAGUAUCUGAAUUUAAUGGCAGAAAUUGGAGUUAGUGUUGAUGAUGGUAAGACAGAUUCAGGAGGACGAACGGGACAUUACGGACCGUCAGCCGCUUCGAGACCUCCUUGGGCAGCAGCCGCGACCGCAGCAACGACGACGGUACCGGUUCCGAGCAGUCCCACAUCUGCUGCUCCGCCUUGGGCAAAAUCUUCAAUUCCAACACCGCCAGGGACUUCAUCAUCUAUACCUCCCUGGCAACAGUCUGUAGCAAGUGUUCCUCCUCCGCCAG